CCCCGCCCAUCCGCGUUGUCACUUUAUAACGUAACAGUUACAGUAGGGCACACGCGCUAUCAGGCCUGCGGACGCGCAUUCACCCCGACUGCUGCCAUCGCUCAGAUACAGGCUCCCGCUGAGUUUCCUUCACUCGCGUAACAGACGCGUUACGACAGGCGACGAACCAACAGAGAACAAACUGCUCAACUUUUGCUCUGAAUAUAAACUUGACUCUUGACUCUCAAACAAUGACAGAGGGAACCAACGUGCUCGAAGGUGAUGCUGCCGCCAAAGAUGAGGUGCCAAGCGGUGGUUCCACGGAGAAGAAGCCGGAACAGGGGAGCGGGGACAGCACGGUGGCGGUCCCCUUACCGGCAGCGGCUUCUGCGCCAGAGGAGGUCGAGUUUGUGCACCCCGAGGGCGGCUGGGGGUGGGUGGUCAUGCUGGCGGCCAUGUGGUGCAACGGUUCCGUGUUCGGCAUCCAGAACGCCUACGGGAUCCUCUACCUCUACCUCCUGCGGGAGUUCGGCUCCGCCGAAGACAGCUCCAAAGCAGCGCUGGUGGGCUCCCUCUCCAUGGGAAUGAUCUUCUUCUGCUCCCCCAUCGUCAGUAUCGUCACCGACAUCCUGGGCUGCAGAAUCACUGCCGUGGGCGGCGCCGCCGUGGCCCUGGUGGGCCUUCUGGCCAGCUCCUUCGUCACAUCCCUGGGUCCCAUGUACUUCACCUAUGGCAUUGUGUAUGCCUGUGGCUGCUCCUUCGCGUACCAGCCCAGCCUGGUCAUCCUGGGCCAUUACUUCAACAAGCGCCUGGGCCUGGUCAACGGCAUAGUGACGGCGGGCAGCAGCGUCUUCACCAUCACUUUGCCCAUCGUGCUGACGAGCCUGCUGGAAAAAGUGGGCGUCCAGUACACCCUGCGCAUUCUCUGCAUCCUCAUGUUUGUCCUCAUGCUGGCUGGUCUCACCUACAAGCCCCUCCUGCCACCCAAGCCCGCCAGCACACAAACAGGCGGCCGGUGCACGUCCGUGAGAAAGAUCUUCAAUGUCAACAUCUGGAGGUCCAGGGGGUAUCGCAUCUGGGCCUUUGGCGUCCCUGCUGCUCUCUAUGGCUACUUUGUGCCGUACGUUCACCUGGUGAAACAUGUUGAGGAGCGUUUCGGAGCAGAUGCCAGUAAAGAGGUUCUGCUCAUGUGCCUCGGCAUCACAUCCGGUGUGGGCCGGCUCAUCUUCGGCAGGGUGGCGGACUACGUUCAUGGGGUCAACAAAGUCUACCUGCAGGUGGCUUCCUUCCUCGUCAUCGGCCUCAUGUCCAUAAUGAUCCCAUUUUGUAACAUCUUUGGCGGGUUGAUUGCCGUGUGCCUGCUGAUGGGGCUGUUCGACGGCUGCUUCAUCUCAAUCAUGGCUCCUAUUGCUUUUGAGCUGGUUGGGCCCAACGAUGUGUCCCAGGCAAUCGGCUUCCUCCUGGGACUGAUGUCUGUGCCUAUGACUGCGGGCCCUCCCAUCGCAGGCUACCUCAGAGACAGACUCAACAGCUAUGAUGUGGCCUUCUGGCUGGCAGGCAUCCCCCCCAUCUUUGGAGGAGCUGUGCUUUGUCUGAUCCCCUGGUUGGAGGCCAGAAGCAAAAAGAGGGAGAAAGCGGGUCUGAACAAAGAGCAGGACAUCACCCAGAAGAUGAUAGACCAAGAGAAAGCUCAGGGAAAUGGUCAAUACAAAAGCGGGGAGUCUGUCCUAUAGGUGCCUUAUGAGACUGAAAGUCAGCGACAAUGACAGAGUGAGUGUGUGAGUGUGUAUGUGUUUAGCCUAGAUCACAGUGCCUGCCUUCAGUAGGACUGAACAGGCAGAAGUACAGUGUAAUAUUUGCAAUUUGGUCUUAAAGCAGGCAAACUUGAAGCUUAACUGAAUCUAGAAAAAUGACUGCAAACCUAAUACUUUGUGUCAGGUAAAGGAAGGCUUCACUAUAAACACGUGGAGGAUGUAGAAUGAGUCUGGAGCGUGUCUCUAAAACACCUUCAGAUGGUAGCGUUAAUGGAAACACUUACAGUCAGCUUCCAACACUACCACAGUAAAAUGAAGUCAUAUUAGCCUCUGAGCCAAAGGUGUGUGUGUGGAGACCUGCCAUGUUUAGAAUCCAGACGUCAGACUUGUACACACCAGCGUUCAGAGGGACCCGGCUGCUCGGAGCAGGACCUGUCCUGGUAAUGAGAAGCACUGUGAUCAUCUGAGCUGCGAAGGUGCUUGGACACUUAAAGGGGAGGAGCAACACCCGAACCCUGACACAGAGAAGCCUGGUGUGUUAUAGAAGGAACUGUCUCCAAAGCCGGACCAAAGAAUGGGCUCAAAGACAAAGUUAUCAUGUGGCAUGUGUUUACUGGGUGAAUCCAACCAUAACUGUGACAGAUUCAUCCAAACGUGCUGCUUCUAAUCAAACCGUGUGAGUAAGGAAUCACGUUAAAUGUUCAUAUGUUUAAGGGAAUAGUUCUUUCUUUUGGCAAAUGAAGCCUUAUACCACUACCUGUUAAAUCUAUGGCUGCAGACAUCAUGAUUAUGCGUGUGAUACAUGCAUUUCAAAUGAAACAUUAACCCCUUCAUGCAAGAACCUCUGUUUGGGUUCCUGUGUUUUUAUUUCUCUUUAGGCAUAAAAAAUCAUAUAUAAAUGCAGCUGUUGAAUAUGUGUCCACUGUUCUGUUUUAACAUGCAUGAAAGGGUUAAUUAUGAUAAGGUUUAAUUUGAAGAUAAGCUUGAUCUGUGUUGAUGUUGUGGUUUGUGCAGGGAAAUGUCAGACUACUCCGAUAUGUCGCUGCCGCUUCAGUCCAUACAUCACCGUUCCACGGAAUCAAUUACAAGGAACGUGAUGCAGAACAUUCAGUAGAUCUAAGAAGAGCUACCAGGCUACUAUGUAACAUUUAUUAGCAUGCCAUCAUUUCAAAGACUGAUUAUUGAUAGACUGAUAUUUUCCUGAUCAUUAUCUAUCCAUCCACUAUGUUAACCUGCAAUGGAAGGUUGUUUGUUUUAUGUUUUCAUAUUUAUUUACUUGUUGUGUGUCAGACCUUAGUCUGGAGAACUGACUACAUUGACUAAAGACCAAAGUGUAUCCAAAGGUGUGUCCGCCUGCAGGUAGAGUGCAUGUUAUUUUCAUCACGUGGGAGCGGACGGAUGUUUUCUCGGCAGAUCUGUGACUCUCUACCUCAGAUGUUCCCACUCAUUCUGUCCCGUCCCUCCACCAUAGCCAGGGUCCAGCAGUGAGACUGCUGAAACACAGCAUCGAGCACCAAGCCUUAAAUGAUCCUGUACAAAAUGGAACAAGAGACUGCAAACAGGGUUUACAUCUUUCUCCUCUCUGAACAUCUGUAUUUCAUUCUGAUGCUUUUUGCAGCAGUUUUUAAUAACAUGCGUGGAUCGUUCCUUGGUCAGUGCCACAAUAGUCUUCACCACUGUGAGCCUCAAGUCAAGCAUGAUUGUAAACCUUUUCAUUUUAUCAUGUUAAAACAUCUUUGAUUGCUAAUUUAAUUAGUUAUUGCUCAGUAUCUGCUACCUACCAAAGUAUUAUUUGUUAUUAAGUGAUGGAUUUUAUGGUACAUUUAGGCCUUAAUGUUCCAGCUUUUCUGUUAUUAUUUUAGCUCGUAUACAAUUUACCUUCUGGUUUCAUUCAUAUAUUAUUGUGUUAUAUUACAAGGUGAGGGCUGUUUUUCUGUCUUUAUUUGCAUGCAACCUUUGAUUGACUGUGUUGUGUGAUGCUUAUUGUUGAUUUAUUGUUUAUCUCUCAUGAGAGAAGCUGUUAUUUACCUAUGUAUUACUUUUCUCAUGCCUCCUACAGAAUCUGUAGUGAGCUACACUAUGUGCCAUUUAUGCAAGCAAUCAGAUUUGAACAUUUCCAAAACAGUAAAUAUUUUUAAAAGACAUUUCUGUGGUUGUGUACAUUACUCCUCAUUUUAUUAAGGAGACGAAGUAGAAUCAUCGCAGCUAUGUAGCAGCCCCUCUUAUACAACACUGCUACAAUGGUCGGUUAUGACAACAACACUAUGGCAGCUACAGGUUAAUUCAUUAUUUCACACCAUAUGUGGUAUUUAAUGACUUAUUCAUGACAUUUUUUGCAGACAUUUUGCAUUUUUAAAUGGGUGAUUAUAAAAGAAGCAGUAGCUGUUUUGUUCAGAGUAACAAUUAUUUAUUUCCUUAUAAAUAAAAUAUAUAAUAAUAAAUAAAAUAUAAGCCUAAAUGUUUUACACUAUUUAGGCACUAUGGUCCACCUCUGCGUCUGGUAUUUGCAGGUGUAGUUGCCAACCAUCUGGUGCAUAGUAUCUACUCGUCUGUUCUGGUUGUAGAAAAUCAUUGCAUCUGUUUUUUUCUUUGGGCUGUUUUUAUCCACAAUCUUGUUGUGGUGCAUUGUGCUAAGCAGCAGAACAACCUUUUCCCUUUUUCUUACAUAGCUGAUCAUGGUCGUGCUGCCACUGAACCCAAUUCUGUGCUGUGGACCUCUCUGGACCUGGGCGCCUUUAUAACACAAUAGUCAGAUAAUCAGUUUUUGUUUCCAGGUUUAUUUUGGUAACUUCCUGUUUUGUCCUGUGUAUUUUGUAUUCACUGACACUUGAUUAUCAGUCAUUUAAAUAACCAGCUGCUAUCAUCAUACCUCAGUAGUCACCAUGCUCAUGCGUCUGUUCAUGUUACCCGGUUUGUCCGUAGCACGCACCUUGUAAGUCUCCUUGGUUUUGUUGGAGAUCAUUUUGUUUCUGUCCUUUGACCCUGUCUCUGCCAUGUGCUGUGUGUGCGUUGUGUGUAGGGAUGGCAGCUGAAGCUCCAUGACGCUUCCACAGGGUUCAUCUGAUUGUGCCGGAAAAAUAAACCAAACUUGCGGGGCUUUGAAACCACACAGAACAGUGACAUCCGAUGGUGCACUGCAAGUAUAUCAUCUGCUUCAAUCAGCCUCCAUGUCCUUGCUGUACUUUAAUAUGUACAUAAUAAAAAGCAUAAAACACA